AUGGAUCCCAAUCCAAAGGUAACUGCGGCCCUCGCCGCCACAGAAUCAUCUCCCGGCGAUAAAGGUCCCCUCUACGAAGCUCUCCUCAACGACAUCUCGACCUUUUCCUCACCCGCUCCUACCGCAGCCGACCUCAAUGCCGUCUUCGACUCCUUCUUCAGCCAGAGCCUUGGCCUCGUAGCAACACGAUCAUUCCUCAACGUCUUCAUCGCAACACUCAAGAAUAUCGAGAAAGAGAGCCUGUGGAUCGAGGUUGGAAACCGAACGCUGAGCAUCCUGGCAGCCCAGCCGUCGUCCUUCUUCGAUGCCGCCGCCACAAUAUAUGAGCUCGUGGCCACGGCUCACGAGAACGACGAAGACUUCCUCGACGCCGCAAAGGCCCUGGCCGAGAUACCCCUCGACAGCUCGCAGCGCAAAGUGUCAGAUGCCGACAAGGCCCGCGUGUGGGUUCGCAUCGUGCGUAACUACCUAGAAGUCGGCGAUGACACAGCCGCCGAGACGUACAUCAACAAGCUCAAAAAUAUCAUGCACACUGUCUCGGACCCGGAUCUCAAUUUACACUUUCGUCUCUCGCAAGCACGCAUCCAGGAUGCGAAACGGGACUUUUUGUUUGCCGCCCAGCGAUACCACGAGAUCAGCUUCUUCCCCGCCGUGGCCGAAGAGGAGCGCCUUCACACGCUGAGCAUGGCUGUCAAGUGUGCCAUCCUGGCGCCCGCCGGACCAAUGAGGAGCCGGAUUCUGGGAAGACUAUACAAGGAUGAGAGAUCAGCGCAGUUGGAUGAGUUUGGCAUCCUGGAAAAGAUAUUCCUGGACCGGCUGCUCUCGCCGGCAGAGGUGGACAAGUUCGCAGAGGGGCUGCAGCCGCAUCAGCUAGCCACCACAGCUGACGGAUCUACCGUUCUCGCCAAGGCAGUCAUGGAGCACAAUUUGCUUGGUGUAUCAAGGCUAUACAACAACAUCCAGUUCGAGGCCCUGGGCUCAUUGCUGGGUCUGGAUGCCGAUAAGGCCGAGGAGACAACCGCACGAAUGAUCGAACAAGGACGACUCGUGGGACGAAUGGAUCAACUAGACGGGAUUGUCUGGUUUGAAGGUGGGGAAGCAUCAGGCAAGAAGGGCAGUGGCCGCGCUGAGGCUCUGGCGGGCAAAGAGAUGCGCAGAUGGGACGCCAACGUAGAGAGUCUGGCCGAGGAGGUUGAGAACGUCAUUAAUUCGUUACAGAAGGAAUUCCCUUCCUUUGUUGCCGAAAAUCUUGCCGCAUAG